CUUCGGAUGACUUCUUUGUUAUCCAGGAAGAAUAAAAAAUAAAAAUAGCAGACCUGAAUCAAGAAAUAAUUGAUUAUAAUUUAGUACAAGUUUGAAUGGAUGAAAAGGAGGCAAACAAAGACUAGAACGGAGGGUGGGUGCCAACAGCUGGUCCUAUCCUGGGAGAGUACAGAGUAUGGAGAUGUUGCGUAUCCUCGUACCGUUUAGCUGAACAGUGGGAGAGAAACUAGACUUUCAGUGCACACACGGUUUCUCGAGUGCCCGUAGUGGUGAUCGUAGGCGCUGGCGUACACAUUGCGCUGGUUUUGCUUUAGCUUUAGGCUUCUAUCAGCUUUAGUAUGUUGUUGUGCUUGUAGCGGUAGCAUAGGCAGUAGUAACUCGGACACGGACAGUACGGACACAAACUCUGUUCUUAAAUUUACGUGGAGCUGAUCCUGGGACGCGCGUGCUCACUAAAAAAAAUAAUUAUUGUUGUUAUUAUUAUAACUAUUGUGUAAGUAAACCGCGGUCGCGAGUUGAUUAAAAAUUGGAGUAGCAUCCAGAGCGCAAACAGCGGGCGAGUCCACCUGUUAAGCCGCGAGGAAGCUGCUCCUCUUGUUUUGCAAGUGGUUACACGCGGUGUUUUUUUUGUUAUUUAUUUAUUUAUUAUUUAAAUUUAAAAGGACUCUUUUAUCUUUACUAGGGAGAAGACUAACGGAUUUAAAGUUUAAAAUUAAUAAAAGCUGCCGGAUUACGGUAUCGUAAAAAAAGACCAGGAAUUAGUGGUGCCAGUGAGUUUACUAAGUGCUUGUUUUUUAAGAAAAGACCGGGCAUACGUGACCGGUUAACCAGAGCUGAAACGGUGCUUUCAUUGGGGGGCACUUGCAGCUGACGUUUCAGCUAAGAAGACAAAGUUAAUACAAAGAAGAUAAAGACAAAGACCAGUACCAGGACCAAGACCAAGACCAAGACCAAGAAAAUAAUAAAAAGAAGAAAUAAAGACAGGGACUAGUCCGAGAAACUUAAUAAAGUUUUAACGAGUUGCAUUGAUGCUAGUGAAUGGAAAACAACAGCAGAAAUAUCUUUUAAAAUCUAAAACAACAGUCAUCAAAUAGUCUGUUGUGUUGGAUACUCGGAGUACUGAGCGAUAGUUUUAAGAGUUUAUUUUACUGGAAAACGCUCGUGCCAAAGACAAAAAGAAAUCUUAGCAUGGUUGAGUAAUUGUCACGGGAGACCGAUAUAACUUGAGGCGCGAAAAAUAUUGUAAUAAUAAUAAUAACAGUAAUAACAAAGUGAGAAAUAAGAAAUACGUCAUAGCCAAGACGACGAAAUAUCUUUCCUUUGUAUUCGAUUUUCUUUAAUCGUAUUGUGAAAAAUAAAAAGACGAAAUACAAAAAAAGGUACAAAAUUCUUUAUGAGUGACAGUAGUCCAUGAGCGAUAGUUGGAGCAAGUCUUCAGAGGUACCUACGAUCAAAGGCCUGCGAUCCUCGUGGUGCGAUCCUACGAGGGAACAAAGGAGCUGCCAGCAGCAGCAACAUCAGGCUCGACGGAGCGAGCGAGCGAGUGAAAGAGAAACGCGACUGAUGCAAGGAGUGUAGGCAAGAAGGCGUGUAAAGUAACAACUGAUGCUCCUGGUGCAUGGGAAAGAAGAAGACAGCCUCGAAGAAAGAAAAAAGGGGAGAGCGGACGAUCUAAGGGACGUGUGUAGUAGAUUUUAGUGUUGUGUUAAAGACAUAUAUAUAUAUAUAUGUAUGUAUAUAUAUUUAUACUGGCAAACACAUUGAGAAAAUAACUCAACGGUGAAGGGGAGAACGACAAAGAGGGAGCACGUUGCCGUGGAGACCGAUGUUCAGGGCCGUACAAUGGCCGGGGCGCUGUCCGAGAACGCCCCGAGACCCGUGAGCGUCGUCACCGUCGACGGAGGUGCUCCGCAAACCGUCGAGUCGCCACCAGAGACGACUCCAGAAGUAAUACAAGACAGGAACAAUCACCAGCACCAACAACAGCAUGUCCUUCAGCGUGAAACGUCACGUUGUUUCGCGUCAACGGAGGCGCAAACAGACAUGGGAUUGACUCCUCGUGUUGAGGGAGUUAAUCCAAGUAAUGGAGGUGAUGAUCUCAGGGACGCUCGGAGACGAGAGAGACGAGUGAGGCGACAUCACCGCAGGGCCAUGAGGAGUUGUUCGAUGCCACCGACGUAUCCCGGGGGACCUGGAUGUGUGCAGACGAACGCAGGUGUUGGAACUGCGCCAGGAAUUCCUCUAGUGCCGUCCGUGGGUGGUUUCCUGCACCCCCCGCCACCUCACUUGGGUCUGAGGGGCCUCAGCUUGGGUCUGCCGUUUCCGGUCCCAGCAAGCGUGUCCGCCUUUGGCAGAGACGCAGUGCCGAAGCAGUGUUGCGGACUGGGUUCACCUCCCGUUCGCUGGUCCAUUCUUGGUGUGGGUAUUGUGGGCCUUGUUUGUGCAGCAGCGGGGGCUUUACUUGGCGCCCUGAGGGCAACCGGUCGGGACCACAUUGCCGUCUCGUUGCUUAUGAUUGGUAUAGGAGUGGUCUUGCUGACGGUGAGCGGAGUAGCCUGGCGAGUGACCAGCCGAGAAAAUUGCGGCAGCUUCUUCGGUUUCACGGGCAUCUCGUCGAGGAUUCCACCGGCGAGGCCGAUGCAUCCAUACGCGGCCAUGAUCUAUCCGGAAUUCCAGUUCAGAACACCACCGCCGAGUUACCAGGCCAGUAUGCAGGAGUACAGACUACGAUUGUUGCUGCUGGACAGACUUCAACCUACCUCCUCACCACCUCCGACUUACAGAUCCAAUGCCGCGAGUAUUAUUGCCCCCUGCACAACGCGCGAGAGUCGACCACCUAGUUACUGUGGACGUGGCAAUGUUACACCAAAUGCGACACUUGCACCGUCGACUAAAAAAGACGCGAAUCUUGUUAGAAUUGUUCAAACAGAAUCCGACCCGGUGAUACUGAGUGGCGACCAAACACCACCGGUAUCCACUGGCGUUGAGGUUCUCGCUCAUCUCUAACAAAUUUAAUUUAGCACGCUAAUGAUAAUUGAGAAUUGAUAAUAAUAAUGGUAUACUACUAAUAAUAAUAAUUUUAACAAUUAUAAUAAUAACAAUAAUGAUAAAAAAGACAACAAUGAGGAUGUUGAGGAUGACGAUGAUAAUGAUGAGGACAGCAUCAUCAUCCAUAAUGGACGACACCAAUUCCUAGGCAACGAUUUCACGCUACGUUGUUCUUAACUCGUCGCUGCGCAUUGUAGAUAUACUUCCGUUCUAUAACACGUUGUCUUUUUCACCGUUCGUAUGUAUGUAUGUAUGUGUUAACUUCCGCCAGGAACAUCCCAACGUUUUACGGCCCGUUGACAAUAUCACUCUGGUGAUAAAUCCACGUUGUGUGUCUUUUCCACCGUUAUUUUGCUCUAUUUGCACUAGAAAAUAAAUUGUUAAAGAAUAAAACAAACGCUUUCAUAAUAAUAUUACCUAAUGAUGAUAAUACACUGAGAAAAAAUCUUUUAGAAUCAUUGUAUAUUUUUAUUACAAAUUAUGCUAUUUAAAAUUUUCAAUCUAAUAGAAUUUUCGCGCGAAAAUUUGAAGUUUCAUUGAAAAUAAUUUUCUUAAUCGAAGUAACCCAAAGCCGUUUAUAAAAUACGUCACGCAAAAUUUUAUGAUACUAAAGUUGGCUGGUAAUAAUUUUUGGAAUUUUUUCAAAACGAUCAAUAAUAAAAAAUAAAAUUUUUUUGAAAUUGCACUUGUAGUUUUUUAAAUUUUCUAUACGUGCAUAUUUUUAGUUCUUUUUUUUGUAAUUGAUUUGUUGUAAAAAAAACCGAAAAUUGUUGAUUGGCUGUUAACUUCAGGAUCAUAAAAUUUUACCUUUGUACUCCCCCCCAUUAUGGCGGGAAUAUAUACGUAGAAAUAUUUAUAUAUUUACAAAUAUAAAAUGAAUGAUUUUCUAUCGUAACAAAAAAAUAAAAUUUUAAAAAAAUCGAGAAAAAUUGUCAAAAUUUGAUGACCUGCGAACGUCAAAUAAAUGUCCUUAGACCCCUUGUCACAGUAAACGACACCCCCUACCUCCCCUUAAGUGCGAACGUAUUUUAUAAACGACCCCAAGUUUAUUUCAAGAUAUUUUGAUUUUUUUUUUGCAGUGUAAAUAAAUUUUGAUUUUCUUCUGUCAAGAAAAUGAUUCGCGCUAAAUAUGAAAUUAAUAAUGCAAUUGACAUCGAUUUGUUACUCGAAAAAAUUUUGUUUUUAUAAAAGUUAUUUCUUUUCUAGUAUAGCAAAAAAUUAUGCUUGGGAAAAUAAAAAAAUAAAAAUGCGAGGGAAAAAAGGUCCGGUUGUUUGUUUUUCGUGUGGUUGGCUUUUGUUUGCUAAAAGAUUUAAAAAAAAAGUAAAACAACCACUAGCCCUUGUCCCUUGUCUGUUGUAUAUAUGUUUAAUUUUGAGCGUGUCAUUCAACCGCGAGCAUUUCUCUUCUCACACACCAGACCAGACAUUCGUUACACUCGGACGGGCUUUGCGAUCGACUGCUCGAUAUACAGCCAAUAUUGAUUAACGUCUCGUGAAAUAGCUUGACGUGUAACGUGUAAAAUUUCAAUGUAAUUUACGUAAAUACUAUCAGCUGUAGCUUCCUCUGCGUACCAAUUUACUGCCCGUUUUAAAAUAUAUAUAAAUAAUAAUAAAAUCUAAUUAUAAAAGUUAAUUAUUUUAUUUAAUACGGUUAAAGGUUGCAGAUAAAAAAAUAGAAAGAUAUAUAUUUAUAUAUAAAUAUUAAAUUAUUACGAGUUGAUAAAUAUGGGUAAAUGGAAGCUCGGUGCAAUUAAAAAGCGUGAAGAGUCUAUUUCACACACGAUAUAUAUGUGUCCAAGUGUAAUCAUUUAAAUUGUAAUUACGAGUUCGCUCGUUGUGCAGAUAUCCGUAGAACGCUCUCGUCCUCUCGAUUUUAAACUCAACUUUCUUUGAAAUAAAUAAAUAUAAAUAUAUAUAUUUUAUUAAAAUACUGUAGAUAGUGUAGAUCAAAUUGAUGAUGAUAAUAAUUAAAAAUAAUAAGAGCGCACAUUGCCAAAAGUGUUACUAUUUUUUUUUCUUUUUUUAAUUAAAUGUCUCGUGAGAAUAAUUCACCGAGAAUCGCUGUCUCACGUUCAGUAAUAGAUUCUCGAUUACGGAUCGAUUGCAACACGACGAAUACUUGUGAUGAAAAGGCGGCAUCAGUGUCAAGUGGCCAUUUUAAUUCUUGUGUAGGCGACACUAGUAGAUACUUAUAAUUAUAAUGGUAAUGAUAAUAAUAGUAGUGUGUAAUAAGAAGAACGAAAGACUUGGAAAUUGGCGAAAGGAUUGUUUUCUUGUUUGCUGUUUAGUGUUGAGAGCGAUUACGGGACUUAUGAGGACGAGAAUGCUAAAGAUUGCUGUGCGAAAAGGCUCGAAGGACCACUCUGUCAUAAUGACUCUGAAGUUAGCAGGCAAUUAAAAAUUUUAGAUUUUUUAAAUUUAAUUUAAAAAAAAAAAAAAAAAAAAAGUAUGCACAUGUAGGAAAUUAAAAAAACUAUAGGUGCAAAUUUUUUAAAUAUAUAUAUAUAUUUUUUUUUAAUUUAUCAUUUUUAGAAAAAUCAAAAAAUUAUUAGACCUCGGCUAAUUUCAUUAACAUGCUGUCAGAAAAAUUAUUCUCGUUUAAAA